AUGUUUCGGGUAUUUACACUAGCAGAGCGUACAGCUUUUAAUUAUCUCAUAAAAGAUGACAGCAUCUAUAUAUCUAAGGCAGAUAAAAACAACACAACUGUGGUCGUAAACACACUUGAUUAUAUUAAUGCAGGAACUAAUCACUUAAACAGUGAUCAUUACAAGAAAAUAAAUCAUACAAACACAGAGCUUAUCGCUAGAUCUAUUUCAAAGAUUGUAAAUAAACUAUUUACAAACAAAGAAAUUGAUGAGCACACUUAUAACUUCUUAAGUGACUGCAAAAAUCCUAAACAUGGAUACAUGAACCUUCUUCCAAAGAUACAUAAAAUUCGGCAAGACUCAUUAGAAGCUAUCAAAAUAGAUGGGUAUAAAAUUGGAGAAUUAGAUGUGCCUUUUAGGCCUAUAAUCAAUAAAUGCAAUUCUCCAAAAAGAAGAAUUGAAAAGUUUUUAGAUUUAAUAUUAAAACCUUUAUUGAGGAAACUAGAGUUUUACAUUCAAGACAAAACAGAUUUUAUUAAUAAGACCUGUGUACGUAGCUGUACACUAAUUACCUAUGAUGUAACUUCGGUGUACACAAACAUGAACAUCGACAAUUUACUAGAUACAACCAAGAAUUUCUUAGAUCAAAUUGAUCGAACAAAGUUUAAGUUUAAAGUACCAAACAAAUCAGAUCUAAUAUCUUUUGCAAAAAUUAUAUUGGAAAACAAUGAGUUCCAAUUUAAUGGGACUUUAUAUAAACAAGUUAUAGGGGCACCACAAGGUGGAAUAUUAUCAUCCACUGCCACCGAUCUGCAUCUGUCAACAAUACUUACAAAAAUCUUAGACAAAUUUCAAUUUAAAAAUAGCAUUAGUAUGAUUUGUCAAUAUCGUGACGAUGGUUUCAUGAUUACAGAGUGCAACAAGUCACAACUUGAUGAGUUCUUUGCAAUUGCAAACAACAUUGACCCUCUACUUAAGUUUACGUAUAAUUUCUCCAAUACAGAAGUGACGUACUUAGAUACUUAG